AGGACUCUGUUAACACGAAGAGAGAGAAGAAGAUGUCCAAGGUCCGGGCCAAGCACGCCAACUGCUCUGUUGUUGACUGCUUAAACGAACACAAGAGUCUGUACACCCUCCCCACGGCUGAGGAGCUGAAGAAGCUGUGGAUCAACUUUAUCUUUGACGGGCAGGUCCCCCCCACCACCGCUAAGACCCUGUAUGUGUGCGCCAACCACUUCAGCUCGGACUGCUUCGUCAACGAGGGCCAGUUCUACGCCGGGUUCGCCAGUAACCUGAAGACCAGACCCGGAUCACUGCCGACCAUCCGCAACCCGUCUGCCAAAUACUCCAAAGGAGCUGUCAGCACAGCGAUACAGUUUUCCAAAAGAAGCGAUGUUGCAUGCCAGACCGACCCCUCAAAGUUACGCACCGUUGGCACACAGCUGUCCAUGAAGACUCUUCAGCCUCACGUCAGGAGCACAGGUGUGUCUACCACCUCUUCAGAUUCUCUCUUUUUCUCCUCGGCGUCACUGAGACCAGCAAAGAUAGCUCGCCUGGACAUCAAGGAGGAGUGGGAUCCAUUAGAGGGCAGCUCUUCAGAGGCUGCUUCAGAAGAGCUGUAUGCUACCUAUGACCCUGAAAACUCAGUCCCAGCUCUGAGAGAGUCAGAAGUGAGAGAGGAGGCAGCUACUCCGAACCACAAGAAAUACAUCGUGUACGAGAACUGCAUAGUGGAGGUGUUUGCAGUGUGCCCGGUCUGCACGCAGCAGUGUGACGUGCAGACCCGGAGGCUGGGACAGUUCUUACAUGUGGAACAGCGAUGCCCCCGAUGUGAACCUGCGAGGAGCCAGCUGUCCUUCAUCACUGAACAACAUUACGGGGUGUGACGCUGCAGCGGUGCAGUGAGGAGAGCAACGUGAUACUGGGGGUGACAGGAGGGCUGACAGACUCUACCAGGCUGCCGUACACUACAAUGAAAAUGCCUCAACAACAGAGGGUCCACUUUCCACCAGCACUGAGGGGAGACUGCAGAGGAUAUGUGGCCAACAUUGUGGAUCUUUUAUUCAGAAAUGUUUUUGUGGACCCAGCAGCAAACACAGGUGCUGUUUUGGCCUUCCCCAUCCCUGAGGACCUGUGCGGCCUGACAAAGAGGAAGUCGUAGCCAGCUAUAUAUCACGGUUCAAUCAAGGGGCGGUCUGAAACCUGUGUAGUGGUCUUGGGCAUCCAGACUCUCUGCUAAUGAGUAGGACCACACAGGAAGCGACGACAGCCCGCUUUUUGCUCCCAAGGAACCCCUGGCACCAGCUCACGAAGCUCCUGAAGGCUCGAUACCUGUAGUGACUGAAAGAACUGGACAGGACACUUAGACUUAUAAACAUUUUUCUAAAGUGUUUUUCACAUUUUUGUUAGAUUUGUUGAAUCAAUAUUUGUUCAGUUUUGUGUAUAUUAAGUUUUCUGAACAGCAGUAAUUUUAAUUCUUAUUUUGUUUUGAUAUUAUUACCGCUGAUUCUAAGUGCAUUACUGAAUGUUCAUUAAUGCUUUACUGGAUUGAUGGAAUUCAUGCUUAAUAUGCACAACAUCUACUGAUGGAAAACUUUAAUAUGCAUCCUGAUGUAAGGAAGAUUGCAUAGCAUUUUUUUUUAGACUAAAACAAAAACGUAGAUUUAUGAGCAACAAAGUUUCUGGGAGAAUAUCGUACGGACAAACGAGAGGAAACUGGAGCUUUUGGACAGUCACAUCAGCUCUGUGUUCACAAAAAUGAAGCAUCCAAAGAAAAGGAGACUGUAGCUACCAAAAUACCUGGGACAGGUGCAGAAGUCCCACUGAGAAAAAUCACUUGACUGCAGUGACUGCCUCAAAAGGUUGUCAACAAAAUAUGAGGUUAAGAGUAAUUAAGAGCUGGGCAAUUAAUAGAAAUAUAAUCAAAACCAACAUUUGGAGCCUCUAACUAACCUGCCCUGUCAAUUAUUUCAGCUUUUUCCUUGUAAUUCUCUCUCCACUAAUGCACAAUCCUCUUAGAAACACACCACUGGCUGUGCAGUCAUGUGAUAGGCCGCCAGGUGUCACAUGGCAUGUAGCCUGCCAGAACCCCAAAGGAGAAGUCACAUGACACCGUCCCAUUCAGCCUGCUAAAACUCACAGCAUGAGCAGUUAUUUUCUACUCUUUAUACAACACUAUAAAAAUAAUUUAUUUUGUUAGCAAGAACUAUUGUCUACUUUUCUAGGAGAAUGUGACUUUUAAAAAAGUAUCAUUUCAGCUGAUAUAUGUUUUGAUUUCAAUAAAUAACCAUACAUUUUUAAUCUGCAUGUUCCUUUCAGUUAUUUGUUUUAAAGUUAUACAAAUAUUUACAGCUAAAUGAGUCGGGUGUGGGAUAAUUGUACAUCUAUCGUAAUCAAGGUAAAAAGUUCAUUUAAUCAUGAUUUUGCUUUUUGCCAUAGUCACCCAGCCCUAGUUAAGGCUGCAAUGAUUUUAGUCCAGGCCUGUUUUAUUAGUUUUUUUAAUGAUUCUGUUGAACCAUAAUUAAAAAGCAAUGUCGGAUUUACUUUAGUUAAUUAUCAUUUAUUAUUACUUUUGCCAGUUUAGUUAUUUCAGUGGUUUCCUGUCUUUAACAGAAGGGUGCCAGCUAUUUUGUCCAUGUGUUUACUAAAAAAAUAUAUUUUUAAAAAUCCACUUUUUGCAUUUUUUUUUUGUUUGUUUAUAAAGAACAUACCUGCUCAGAAAUAUCAAGAAAUAAUUCAUUUUUAUGAAUUUUACCCUUUAAAUGACAAGUUUGGGGUAAAAACCCCCGAUGUUUGUAAAGUCAUAAAACAGAAAAAUAAAUAUUUUCAUUUGCAACGUAAAAUUUAGAUUUCUUUGAAAGUGAUCAUCACAGCCUUGUAUAUGUUAAUGAGUAGCAGUUUUUUAUGAAUUUAUAUAUAAACUGUGUAUAUUUAAUUAUAACAGUGCAGGAAAAAGCACGAAUUGCCCCUCCUGCUGAAAUGUCUAACAGUUGAUGACUCACAGGAAAAACUGCAAAUUUGAAGCCUUGACUCCAGAAUUAAAUCUAAAUCACAAAUGCAUGUUUUACUGGUUUUAAGUAAGACAUUUUUGGCCCUCCACAGCCUGAGUGGGUACAAUAAGGCUACAGCAGUGAUAAUCACCAGGAGGCCUGGGGCCACAUCGGACCCCCCACAACUUCCCAUCUGAGCCCCAGAGGAUUAUUAAAGUCAGAAAUCUGAGAAGGAAAAAUAUGGCAUGCUAUACUUUCACUUUUUUUUCCUUGAAUUCUAAAGAAAAUCUUCAACCUAGCUAAUCAGACGAGAAGCACACUCACAUUUCUGUAAUUUGGCAUAAUUAAAAAAACAACAAUUAUUACUGUCUUUUUGCAAUGAAUUUCCAAAUAAGGCUCUUUGUCAGUGCAGUUUCCCUCCUCUGAGAAUCUUCACAGAUCUGUUUGCUGCAUGUGCAACACAGUGUGCUUCUGACCAAUCACAACACAGUGUGCUUCUGACCAAUCACAACACAGUGUGCUUCUGACCAAUCACAACACAGCGUGCUUCUGACCAAU